AUGAGGACGACAAUGUCAAAUCUUCCAAAGGAACUAGUAGAGGACAUUGUCUCUAGGGUUCCUUUACAUUGUUUGAGAGCAAUGCGAUUAACUUGCAAAAACUGGAAUGCUUUGUUAGAAAGCCAGAGCUUUAAGAAGAUGCACAUACGGAAAGAAGAAGAAGCAGCAAGGGAAUUAGGAGAGAAUCGAAUGAUUGUGAUGAUGGAUUACAACGUUUAUUUAAUGGGCAUCAUCGUCAACGAAAACCUAUCCAUAAAGUCUCUAGGUAAACUUACUUGCCUACAUGGUUCUAAACAAGUCAAGAUAUCUCAAGUCUUUCAUUGUGAGGGUUUAUUAUUAUGCAUCUUAAAAGACGAUGAUACUAAGAUUGUGGUUUUGAAUCCGUAUUUGGGGCAAACAAGGUGGAUCCAAACCAGAAAGUAUCACCGUACAAGUGAAUGGGAAGGACGAGAUGUUUAUAACUAUGCUCUCCGAUACGAAACUAACAGUGGAAACCGUAGCCCCAAAAUCUUGAGGUUUAUAGAUGAUUUCCAUCACCACCCCGAAAACCCCGCUUUACGAUAUGAAACCUACGAUUUUGAUACUGAUUUAUGGACUACUCUUGAUGUCUCUCCACACUGGCGGAUAAUAUCUCGCUGUGGUGGUGUUUCUCUUAAUGGAAACACUUAUUGGGGCGCUGUAGAACGAAACGCAUCUGCAUAUAUUGGUCAUAUGAUCUGCUUUGAUUUUACAAGAGGAGGAUUUGGACCGCUUAUACCUCUGCCGUUUAAGGCUAGGGGUUUAGUUUUUGCGCCACUAUCUUCGGAUAGAGCAGAGAAGAUCGCGGCUUUAUUUCGGACAAGCAAAAAGGUUGUGAUAUGGAUUACGACUAAGAUUGAUGCCACAAAUGUAACUUGGAGCAAUUUCUUCACAAUAUAUAUAUCGAACCUUGAGCGAAAUCUUUCAUGUAAGAGUUUCUUCACAAUAUAUAUAUCGAACCUUGAGCGAAAUCUUUCAUGUAAGAGUUUCUUCAUUGACAUGGAGAAGAAAGUUGCUAUGGUUUUUGAUAAAGAAAAAGGAAAAAAAGUCGCUCACAACAUUAUUAAUAUCAUUGGAGAGGCUGGAUGCGUGAGGAAAUUGGUUCUUAAAGAAUCUGGAGACAAAAGCUGUUGGCCACUUGUGUGCUCUUAUGUUCCAAGUACAGUGCAAAUCAAGCAACAUAAUAGAGGCAAAAGGCAAAAAAAAGUGAUUAGGAAAGGCAUCGACAUUGAUAUGAGACAUGAUAAACGUAUCAAGGUUGAUUAG